AUGGAGGCAUCAGGAGCCUGCCACUACUGCAAGGCAUGCAUCUCCAGAUACUGGAGGGUAACAAAGGGGUCCGUGACCUGCCGACUAUGGCGUAAGGAGUUCAACGGGAAGCAUGUUCAAGAUAAACAUCUAAAAAACACAGUGCAGAGCCAUCGCCUGAGGAAAGAUGACUUCGUCAGUCAGACUCACAGACCCAAAGACAAGGUGGAUACCAUAAAGUCCAAUGAGUCAGUAAAUAUCUGCAGGCCUGCCUGUAUCAGUGGGGAAAUUCGAGCCAUCCUGCAUGAUGAGAAGGCCUCUCUGCUGGAGCACUUAAAUGGGGAGCGGGAAGAGGAGAUGGAGAAAGUCCAGCAUCAUGUGGAGCACAGUUAACAUGCAGUUAAAGAGCUGCAGGGAAAAAGCAGGAGUGCGGUGCCAUUGCAGCUUCAACUACGUGAGCGUGUGAAGGUGGGGGAUGCUGCAGAGUUUGACAUGGGUGAUUUCAGCAGCACAUACGUACAUGCUCCAUGACAAUACAUCAUAUGGAGAAAGAUGUUCCUGUUGCAGAAAUCAGCUUCAACAAAGGGAGUUAAUUCCUGGAAAGAAAAUUGCUCUGGUGUCAAACCUAAAGGGCAAGUUAAUGGAUUCUUUCACCUGAACGGUCCCUCACCAUUAACGUUCGAUGUGGAGACAGCACAUGCGAGCAUUUUCUUCUCCUAAGACAAAACACUGGCAGUGGAAUGUGAUGACAUCAACUCACACAGCGACCACAAUAAAUGCUUCCUGAAGUGCGUUUAUGUCCUCGCCACCCAGGGCUCCCAGUUGGGCCGACACUACAGCAAGGUACCCAAGUGGGAACUGGGCGUUGCUGCUGAAUGGGUCGACAGACACGUUCGGAUAAAGAUGAGAACCAAAAAAGGCUACUGGAGGCUGUGGUUUCGCAACAAAUAAUCGAGUACUUGGCUGCCCCGCAGCCCUGGAGGAUGACUGACUCUCAGCUGCUCACCUAAGAAGAUCUGAGUUUUCUACGUGUGCGAGAAGAGAAUGGUGUACUUCAACGCUGAUGCCAUGAGUCUGCUCUAUUCUUUCGGGAAUGGGCCACAAGGAAAAGCAUUGUCUUUCUUCAGCCCCUGCCUAGAUCAAUGA